AUGCUUAAGCGGCUGCGCACGAGCUCGGCUGCUUGGUUGCAAGCGACUGAGACUGGAGCGAUGAGUGAAGCUAGCGAGGGCCCCAACUCAAUUGGAACUUCUAUCUCCGCAGCGCCGCAUCGAGCGCAGCCGCUUACACAACUGCACCGUGCUUCAUGUCCUGACCGUACUAUGUCUUCACCAUUAGUGGAUGAUGAGCACCAAGAAGAGAGCAGUACUUUUAAGGGAGUAGACAGCAAAAGAAAAAGCCGAACUCGACAAGCUAUGCUUCCGUUGGCUGACUUACUGUCAGAAAUUUUCUUUUGUUGGCAAGCUGGCUUCAUGAUCCUGCUUGAAAUUGAUAGCGUGAACAACACAGUUAUGCCCUCAAUAGACGUCCAUGCCCAUACUACAAUGAUUAACGGUGCGCAGAAUUUUAGCUGA